AUCACAACCGUAUACCAAAAAAAGAAAGUCAUUGUAUCAUUGAAGGCACAGAAAAACUUAGAGUGUAGCACUUCAACACAAAAAAACAAAAGAUGAAAUGAUUCCACAACUCAGAACACGAAGCUUCCUAUUUAGUGAACCCGUUGUGGAGGCGCCAUGACCAUCACCGCCACCACAACAACACCAACACCACCACCGCCGCCGCCGCCGUCAGGGUGUUGCGCGAGAUGUCACGUACCACGCGGGGCAGGAGGGGCGCCAGGCAGGAGGCACCCAAGCCCUCCAAAAGACAGGAGACCCUCAAAGUCACCUCGGAGUGUGCUCAGCAGGCCCGCAGGAGAGCUCAGAACUGCUUCCUCAGCAUGAUAGAAGGUUCGGUUGAGCCCAAGGUGUUCAUUGCCACGGCUCGAUACAUCAACCCUGAGGUGUAUGAUGAUGUGGUGGUGGAGCGUGCGGUGGCUGGGCUGUGUGGCUACCCGAUGUGCCCUAACACCUUCACCGACACAUAUGGCUCCCGGACCUAUGUCAUCCGCAACAACAAUCUCUAUGACAUCACGCAACGCAGGAACUUCUGUAGCAAUGUGUGCUUUGAGGCAUCUGAGUUGGUGCGCAAGCAGGUGCUGACCCUUCCACUGUACCUGAGAGACACAGAGGACUCUGACAUCAAGGACGUACGUCUCCCCUGCCUCAGCCGACUGAAUGGACGUCACGGCAAGCUGGUGGAUAUCACAGGUGGUAUAUCAAGGCCUGAGGUGGAUGAGGGUAAGCCAAGAAAGGCGAAGGCGGACUUCAAGAGUGUGGACGACAUUGCCCUAGAGUCUUUGGUCAACUGGUCUGAGCACGAGGCCGAGCAGAACAAGGAGACAGAGGAUGGGGUUAAAUUGAGUGACAUCAUUGAGGAAAAUGAAAAUACAGCUCAAACAGAGAGCAAAGACACGGACCAGACCAAAACUGCAGCAAAGAGUAACAACUCAAAUCAGAAUAGAACUAUACCGGAAACUACAGACACCAGCAGUGAUAAAACCAUAACUGAAGAAAGUGGCCGAGACCAUGUAGGAUAUACGGAGGAAGUGAUUGAAAGCAGUAAGGCAAAGCAAAAUAAAACUAAAGAAGAAUGUGUUGACUCAAACCAGAAAACACCUACAGCAGAGGAAACUGGUAGAGGGCAAGCAAGAUGUACUGACCAUGUGGAGGACAGUGUUGAUACUAAACACUGUGGAUCAACACCAGUAGAGAGUAACACAAACCACAGCAAACCUGCCACUCAGAGUAAUGAUGCAGGUAAAUGUGCAGCCGUGGAAGGAAAGACUGACGGCACUGUGGCUCAUGAGGAGUGCAGUCGUUUGGCCAGUCCGAGUGAGAAGCAGCAGCAUGAACCGGGCCAUCAUAAAGAGGGAGUUGUAGGGCCGGGUGACACUCAUGAAGAGAAGCAGCUCAACAAAUUGAACUCUGGAUGUGAAAACACCAGCAAAGAAAGAAAGGAUGGUAAAGAAGUAUGUGUCACCUUCCAGGAGGACAAUCGUGACUCUAAAUGUAAUAAGGUGGAGAGGACAAACAAGAGUGAAGGGAAUGACAGUGUGUGUGAUAAAAAGUGUUACAACUCAGAGAAAUUGAAUGAGAAAUGUACAGAAGAUAUUGCUGGUACUUCUGAAACUGUGCCAACCGGAAGUGAUGAGAAGCUUCAGAGUGACCCAGCUAAGAAAGGAACUCCUGGACAUGAAUCUCGUGAGGUCCCCAAGAGUAAGGAUGUAGUUGUGGACCCACUCGCAGAAGUCCAUAAGGUAGAGGCCGUGAUGCGGCAGUGGGUGUCCUUCGACAGUCUGCGUGUGGUGCUGGGCGACCUGUAUGUCCGAGGGAUGCUGGAGCACCUGGGACACUCCUGGGAGAAAUAUGACACCACUGCAGGGAUGAGGUUGAGUGUUGAAGCCAAGGCAAGAUACAUCUCCAUAUGUCGCCGGUUGGAGCACGAGGAGAGGCAGGACGAGGUGGAGGUGGGGAGGGAGGGUCAAGAUAAACUUGACCUAAAUCCCAGGAAGCAGAAUAGGCCAAGCAAGCCUCUGCCAGACUACAGCCAGCUGCAGCGCCAGGCCAAAAAGCAGGAACUGAAGGUCGUGUCUUUCUUUGGUGGGAGUGAUCAGUACGAAGAACCUGUGGAAGAGAAACUGGAGAGCAUACCCGAAGAAGAGGGAGAGGAGAGCAAGGCAACGGCCAGCAAGAGGAAACUGAAGACCAAGAAACAGCUGGAGGAAGCAGACACCAGAGAGCCAACACUGCCUUUCGUGGACAGCUACUCACAAGUUGCUUGGCGCCAGAGCAUUGUACUCGAGAAGGUCACGGCAUAUUUGCAGCAGCUGUUGGAGAUGACGAGGCUGAGUGUGCAUGAAGUCAGGAAGCUGCUGGGGCCCCUGGUGGCCACCUUCCACCUCUCCCCCAACAACAUCUCCUUCUGGCCCAAGCAGUGGCGCCUCAUCACCCUGAUCCUCCUCAAAAUGCUAAGCGUGCGCUACCCAAUCAUCCAGGACGCCCUGAGAAGUGAGGAAGGUCUCAGCAUGCAAGGAAGCAUCCUCUCUGCUUUCUCCCUUGACCUUGGUUACUGUGACCGCAUCCUGAGCUACUUGACAGAGAUCCAACACAUCUUGAGCAAAGACUUCAAGGAUGAGAAAACUGCAGAGGUUUCUGAGAGUGCUGAAGUGCUCCAAAAGCCAUGCCCUGAAGGGGAACACUUGCAGACUAGCUGUGUAAGAGAAGGUGCAAAGGGCACAGAUGGUGAUGUUCUUGAACAACCUCACAGAUGAAGUGAAGACAAGUGAUAACUUCAUGAUGAACUGAAAUAUCAUGAAAUUGUAAAUAAUUUACUAUUGUUGAAAGCCUUCUCUGAAUAAAACUUUAGUCACUAGUCACUCCAA